CAGAAAGCAUUAAGCUCUGUCACUAUCCCUGGUCCUGCCGUCACUAAGACUAGAUCUCAUCGUGUGAAGCUGUCGGUACCUCCAGCUUUGGGAAACUGGUGACUGUGAGAUGUGGCUCUUUGCAGUAAUGAUCUAUUUCCUCUAUGGAAUUCUAAAUGCCCAAGGAUCAUAUGACUCAAAAUAUCCUGUGGAACCCGAAGUGUGGAUGAAUAUCAGUGAGCUCAUCAAGCACUGUGGCUAUCCCAGUGAGGAAUAUGAUGUCACAACUGAAGAUGGUUACAUACUCAGCGUCAAUCGAAUUCCCCAUGGUCAAAGACCUCCUGAGAAAAAAGGUCCAAGGUCUGUGGUGUAUUUGCAACAUGCCCUGUUUGCAGAUAAUGCCUCCUGGCUCCUGAACAAGCCGAAUAUGAGCUUAGGUUUUCUUCUAGCGGAUGCUGGGUAUGAUGUGUGGAUGGGCAACAGCCGGGGCAACACUUGGUCCAGAAGACACAAGACCCUUUCAGUAGAGCAAGAAGAAUUCUGGGCUUUCAGUUUUGAUGAAAUGGGAAAGUAUGACCUCCCCAGCGUGAUCAAUUUCAUCGUACAAAAGACUGGACAAGAGAAGCUGUAUUUUGUUGGCCAUUCACUGGGCACUACCAUAGGGUUUAUUGCUUUCAGCACUAGACCAGAAAUAGCUCGAAGAAUCAAGAUGAAUUUUGCCCUGGGUCCGGUGGCAUCCCUCAAACAUCCCAAGAGCAUCUUUACCAGUUUCUUUUUCCUUCCACAGUCGGUCAUCAAGAAUCUAUGGGGAAACAAAGGUUUCCUAUUAGAAGAUUCGGUAAAGAAAGUACCUUCUCUUGAAUUGUGCAACCGGAAAAUCCUUUCUUGGAUAUGUUCUGAGUUUCUCUUCUUAUGGGCUGGACAUGACGCUAAAAAUCUGAAUGUGAGCCGAACUUCCAUUUACUUUUCCCAUUCUCCCACUGGGACUUCCAUUCAGAACAUUCUGCAUUUGAAGCAGCUUUUGCAAUCAGACGAGUUCCGAGCUUACGACUGGGGCAGCGAGGCCGAGAACAGGCAUCAUUACAACCAGAGCCUCCCCCCACUCUAUGACCUGACUACCAUGAAGGUGCCCACCGCCAUCUGGGCUGGUGGGAAAGACCUGCUUGUCGACCCUAUUAACAUGGUCAAGCUGCUCCCCCAAAUCAAGAAUCUCCGUUUCUACGAGAUGCUGCCAGACUGGAACCACAUAGACUUCAUCUGGGCCCUUGAUGCACCCCAACGGGUUUACAGUAAAAUCCUCUCUCUGAUGAGACAGAACCUAUGAAAAAGGGUCAGUCAUCUUGGAGGUUCAGAACUGAUGAGCCCAUCAGGCACACACUCUAUCAGCAAAGAGGCAGACUUUCCUUUCAGCCCCCUCACCUCUUGCACAGUACCCAUUGGGCUAGCCCAGUGGUGCCCAAGCCUCCUGGAGGCCCCGUAGCCUCCUUUCCCUUCCUCUGAACUUUUGUUGGCUUGAAUCUCAUGUAAGAUGCUCCAUGAGAUAGCAGAAUUGGUGAUCAGAGAGAAGUCAUGUAGCCUCCCCAGUGAAAGAGGAAGGAAGGAAACAAACACUUCCACAGCACCUAAAUGGCAGGGUUGAAUCAAAAGUCAGGAAGACCUGGUUUAAACCUCUCCUCUCUACACCUGGCUGUGUGAUCCUGGGCAAGUGACCUAACCUCUCUGUGGCCCUCUCUCUAAGAUUUUAAAAGAGUUGCAGGAUUAACAUUGGUAAAAAGAUCUCUGAUGAAAGCACAGGAGGGAGUGAGACAGAGACAGAGAGAGAAAGAGAGACAGACAGGGGUGGGGA